GUUGGACCUUCAUGUUUACAUGUGCUUCUACUGCGUAUUCUUUCUCUUCUGGUUUGCACCAGCGCAGUUACGUCAAGAUGCUGAAAGGUUUCUAUGAGAAGUCUGUCAUCGUUGUGUCAUAACACCCAUGGCUGUCUAUAUAUGCUUAUUCCGUCUGACACUGCUUCUGCUGCUUCUGCGAUCUGCAAGCGCAUGGCUCAUGACGUCUGACCCGCAGGCACAGACUACAGAAACCACAAGAUUGAAUAUCAUCACAAGCUCUUACAGAGGUUAUCAGCGCGUUAUGUCUACUUCGGUUUCUAAUUUUCUGAAUGCUCCAGAUUUGACAGUUCAUAGAGUUAAUGAAAGUAAACAAGCAACAAAUAUGACUACAAGUACUGUCUACACCACCACGGUUGGAAACACGUAUAGAAUGAGUCAGGAGAAUAUAACAAUUGGAUCUUCAUCAGCUUUAAACCAAAGUGUAUAUGUAGCACUGACUGUGAGAAACUUGACCAGCUGCUUAAACACGUCUCACUACCUGAAGUUGUCCACACACAGGGCUGUUAUUGAUAUCAGAGCUGAAGCCAGUGACAAACUACCUCGACUGUCCUCCUGUGAAAUCCAGGUCACCGCGCCGGCGUCCAUGGUGUUCUUCAUCAACGUGAUCUCCAUCAACGUCCAGUGCCCGACCUUCCAGCUCGUGCUGACUGACGUAGGCGCCACGUCACGGCGACUCAUCAACUCCUGCGACACCGACAUCCCUAGCGAGGUGUGGAGCUUCACCAACAUCGUGGUGAUGACGUUUCUGGUGAGCCUUGAGUCGCAGGCUAUUCAAGUGAUCUUGAACUUUACAGCGAUACCCGCUAAUGACAGACCGAAACUUGAAAUUGUGUUUUCUUCAGAGAAAAGAGGUUAUAUACAGACACCGAAUUGGGACGGCAUUAAAAAGUACCCGGUGUUGAUGGACAGCUGGGUAAAGAUUGACGUUCCUCAGCUCAGGUUUGUCAUGGUGUCUGUGCCUCACAUGGAUGUCGAAGGUGAAGCAUCAAACAUUUGCCCCAACGAUGGCAUAGAGUUUUAUGUCGACGAAAUAUUAAAUGGGCCUACCGUCACGAAAUGCAAAAAUGUGCCAAUGCAACCCAGACUGUUUAAAACUCACACCUUAUACGUUCAUUUCUACAGCAAUGAAUACGGCAGCAACACAGGCUUCAGACUUUUCUUCAGCAUCCACAACCAGUCUUCACUUCCGGUGAGGUUGGUGGAUGGUAGGUGGAACUGUUCUGGCUUAAACUGGACCGACUUUAGUAAUCACUUUUCUUGUAACCUAAGGUCUGACUGUGUGGGUAGUGAAGACGAAGCUAUCUGCACCUACACUAGUCCCCGCUGUGGAGUAGGCCAACCUUUUUUCGAGAAGUCUUGUUAUAUCUGGGAGAAACUUCUGCCUAACGUGACUUGGAAAGAGGCGUUUGACUUUUGUCUUUCUCGAGGAAUGCGUCUGGCCAGUCUCAACACCCCAGCGGAGUGGAACAACGCUGUGGACCUGCUGAGAUUAGCGGACUAUAGCGUGGCUUUCGUAGGGAUGCUUCAGAUGUUUGUGCAGCGGCAAAUGUAUCUAAAUGCUUGGCAGUGGACAGAUGGCACAAUAGCAUACUUUAAGACAAUCAGAGGAUACCCUACUAUGCCAGGAUGCGGUAUUUUCUACAUGGUAUAUAUGAUGCAGGGAAUAAACCUACGAGACUGUAACGAACCACAAAUCGCAAACAGUCACGCACUGUGUGAGACAGAAGCAGAUCCAGGCAAUGAGCUUCAGUCAGAGAAUAACAACCCCCAGAUAACAGUUUUAGACAUCUCUGCCUGGCAAAAUGAUUCUUUGAAAGUCGUAUGUCCAGCAGGUCACAUGACACACACGUUCCUGUCGUGUGACGUGGCCAGCGCCUGUUGGGUGCGAGAUUCACUCUCGUCUUGUGACGCGCCGCUGUCUAUUCUGCCGCCGGCUUUUGAUUGUGACAACGGCUUUGAUCAGGUGCCGCACACCCUGGUGUGUGAUCAUCGCUCAGACUGCUCCGACGGAAGUGACGAAGAUUUCUGUGAAUUUGUGUCAUGCUACACAAGUGGGAAAUACGACUGCGGUAAUCACCAGUGCGUUUCGGAAAGUGAAAGGUGUGACGGUGUAGAACAAUGUGUUACUGGUACGGACGAGUCAAAGUGCCUUCAAAGAGGCUUUGCGAGUGAGGGUAUCUUGACGCUGGCCAUCGUGGACCUUGACAACGAAGGCCAGCUUGUAGUGAAGCCUCUAGACUCGCAACUAUCCUCCGCACAGUCCACUGCAUGUCCACACACUCAUUUCGAGUGUCCAGGUGUGGACUACUACUGUCUGCCGGUGUAUCUGCGGUGUAACGGCGUGUACGACUGUCCUGGCUACUCAGACGAAGAGGACUGCGAUACGUACACGUGUCCUGGCUUGUACCGAUGCCGCGCCUCGCACGUCUGCCUUCAUCCUCACCACCUGUGCGACGGCUUCAACCAGUGUCCGCAGCACGACGAUGAGCUGACGUGCGGUCUCACCUGUCCACACUCUUGCACCUGUUUCGGACUUGCAUUCAUUUGUACCAAGGCGAUUCAACUUCAAGAAUAUCCAUCCUUGCGAUAUCUCGAUGCAAAAGGCUCUGGAAUGACUCCAGGACAUGUUAGGGAUAAGAAGCUUCUCAUUCACCUUAGCCUUGCAGACUGUGACCUGGAGGAGGUAGGUCACCUGGAUUUGCCAAACCUACGUAUUCUGGACCUAACGGCAAAUAAAUUAAAAGAUAUCAGUAGCAUAAAUUUACAAAAUGUACCUAAUCUUCACAUUCUUAGGCUGUCUGGUAAUCCGAUUAUACAUCUGUUUGCUGAUUCACAUACAGUGCCAUUUUUUCCAAGGUUACGUAUCGCAGAUUUCUCUCAGAUAAAGAUGAGUAGUAUAGACCCAAUUGUUUUCAGUAUUUUCUCCGAUAUAGAAAACCUGAAUUUGUCUGAGUGUGGCGUGGAGAUUGUGUCAGGGCGAGGUUUUCACGUCCUUCCUAAUCUCAGAUCUUUAGAUCUUCGUGGAUGUCCAGUGAAGGAAUUUCCUAGGGAUCUCCUCAGAGGUCUUGACCUUCUAGAAGUUGUCUACACAAACAAUUACAAACUUUGCUGCCCAGCCAUGCUACCAAAAAACUUUAAUCCAGUUAAUUGCCAUUCGCCUCAAGACGAAAUAUCAUCUUGUGAGGCGUUGCUGAGAUCGGAUUUCUACCGGGCACUACUGGCGGUAUUCGCUACCAUGAGUUUACUGGGUAAUGUCUGUAGUUUUAUCUAUCGCGUGUUUCUGGAACGAAACUCUAGCCAGUUAGGGUUUUCUGUGUUUGUUAUACACCUAAACAUGUCUGAUUUUAUUAUGGGAGUUUACCUGGUGAUGAUUGGCGUCGCUGACCGUGUGUAUCAGGGUUCGUACCUGUGGAACGACAGCACGUGGAAGAGAAGCGGUGCCUGUCAGAUGGCCGGCUUUCUGUCUCUACUGGCCAGCGAGGUGUCUGCUUUCAUCGUGUGCCUCAUCACACUGGAUCGUUUCCUCGUCCUUCGCUUUCCCUUUAUCGGCAUUCACUUUAACAAGAGGUCGGCUCACAUGGCCUGCAUGCUAGCGUGGGCAGUAGGGAUAACUCUAGCCUCGGUUCCUCUACUACCCAUGACGUCACACUGGCAGUUUUACGGCCAAACAGGAAUCUGUAUUCCCCUUCCUGUUACCCGUAAUAAUUACGCUGGCCAUGACUAUUCGUUUCACGUUUUGAUGGGUCUUAAUUUCGUACUGUUAAUGCUGAUAGGCAUUGGACAGGCUUUCAUUUUCUGGUCUAUUCGUACCAACAGCAUGUCUAUGUGCGACAGCACCAAGAGAUGCAAAGAUUUAACCAUAGCUCGCCGCCUGAUCAGCGUGGCUGUGACAGACUUCUUGUGUCAAUUUCCCAUCGGGCUUGUGGCCCUUCUGGCCUCUCAGGGCGUGUCCAUUCCAGGUGAGGUCAACGUGGCCAUGGCUAUCGUAGUGUUGCCGGUCAACUCGGCCUUGAACCCGUUUCUGUACACGCUGAACACCUUACAGGAGCGAAGACGACGUCAGAGGGAAGCCAGACGAAUGAAACUUUAUUUGUCUCAAAUGAAUACGACCUCUGUGAAGAUUGUAGAAUCCAUCUUUGAGAAGUAAAUGAGAUCGUUAUGGCGGAACCUACGGAAGAUAACAUGACAAGUAAACUUUGUGAAGUAUUUGAACAUUUUGAGAGACUAGAAAUCAUUAUUUAUAUAAAUAACGACGACGGGGACACAAAUAACAAAAAUAAUAACAAAAAUGAUGAAGACAAUGACUAGAAAUGUAAUUCGUGAAUGUUGUAAAACAGAACGACAAGCAGUAGCAAUCUUGAAUACAUUUUCGGUGCAAACAUGAUGUGUAUAAAGCUUUGACUGAAGAACCGGUUUAUUAUCCAUAUUCUCAGGCGUACAAAAACGUCCCCAUGAGUAAAUUCAAAUGAAUUCAAGAACACCCCAAUGUAAUUGAAUUAAUCUCUUAGUAGAUUUUCUAGCCGACAAUUUAACUAUAAUAUUAGAAGCUCAGUAAGUAACAUCACAGAUUUCUGAUAUGUUGUCGAUAAGAAAUGUGUUUGCUACAUUUACUCCGAAAGCUUUCUACAGAAAAACAGUUUCCUUGUGACCUUACCACGACACGAAGGAUGGGGUUUUUGGAAGGAGUAAAGGGGUCGUAAAUCAGCUGUACUUUCGAUUGAAAACUGUAAGAACAGAGAAUGUCCCCUAUGAACAUGGGGUUAUUGACAGAAGACGUUUCUUGCUAAAUAGUCUUUCAUUCGGUCUUAGCGUCGAUAUACUCAUGCUGGUCAUCGUGAUGAUAAAGUUUGAUCAUUUUUUUACUUGCCUUUUGAAGACGAAUUAUUGCAUGAUCGUAACUAGAAGUGUUGCAUGCGUUAUAACCAGUUUGAAUUGAAAUGUCUCCAUGUUGCAACCAGACCUGAAUGAGAAUCAGGCAGCACUUACCGAACAUCCGUCACGUGACAGCAUCAGGCGUACCGCUCGGAUAAAGCUGCCGUUGUUCACUUCACCAGUCUCCGUUUUCUUUUUCAUGCAGUCAUUGCAUUACUUUUAUAUUAAACGUUCACCUGAUACAUGGCACAUCCCUAAAAUCUUGCUUUGUGUUUGCUUUGUGUUUAAAUUUAUGGAAACAGUCAGGACAGUAGUUUGACGGUGAUGACAGGUUACAGUGAAGCAGACGACAAAGAUAACAAAAGAAGAGACGGUUGUUCUAAUCUUAUUCCUACAUUAUAUUUUAAGGAUUUGACAUAUGAAGUUCAAAGUUCAGCUACAUCAGUUUAUAAUUUUUUUGCUUCUUUUUCUGUUGCCAGACUACAAAAACUAGAUUCUUAUUCAAUUCUUUCAAACUAAAAAUUUAGAUCCUUUAUUACUCCCAAAAAUAUUGAAGCACCACAAAUUAUCUUCAAUUCCAACAUUGAAUAAGCAUGCUGCUCAUGAGGACAAGAAUUAUUACUUACUAAAGGAAAUAUUUGACAUGCGUAUGACUUUCUUUUGAGGCCAGGAUAACAACAAAAACUCAGAAGAAAAGUGACAGUGCACUACCUCGUCGUUCUCUUUAUAAUUUUAUUAGUAAAAUUAGUAAAUGUUACUGUAUUAGUAAUUAUGUAAAAUGUUAACG